AUGGAAGUGAAGCAACUUUUGAAAGAAAAUGGCGUCCAAUUGGAUGAGGGCAUUGCCAUCACUGAUCAGGUAACGCCAUUGAAUGCAUUGCCGAAUGAUGCUGGCUCUCUCAGUGAUAAAAAUAAUGCGAAUCAGGAACCGACAAGUAAUGCCAAGCGUCGUGCACCAUCACCCUUUCGUAAAUAUGGUUGUAAACGAAAAUGUCUUGGAAAGUGUCAUGAAAGUCGCUCAGUCCCGAAUUUACGUUACCAGGAUGGAAACUCGUGUGCGGAAGACAGCGGAGCAAUGGAUGACAAGCAGCAGAAAAGUGAAUGCCACCAGUAUGGGCAUCUCGAUGCGGCUAAUGAAGAUCGUGAAACAGGUACUUCCAGAGUGGAGAAGGCAGUAAAGAUUGAUCGCAGAAGACUUGCUGAAGCUGUUCGUAUGGUUAGUUGGUUUAAUGCUUACACUUUUCAGCUGUUGUAG